AACAAAUAGACCCUUUCAAGACCAUGACCCUCUCUUUUUUAACCACCCUCUUUCCAGCAAAUGUCGCUCCUGUAAUCGUAGCGCCCAUCACAUCUGAAUCAUCAAUGGACUGUUGGACUGGUGUUUUGAAGGUCCCAUUGGCACCUAGCAGCACAAGUCACUGCAGAGUUGCAGUAUCUCUCUGCCUCUCUGCUGCUUCCAAUACCCUUGCUGUACCUUCUGCAAAUGCAAUUUUUUUCAAUGGUGAUAGAGCUGAAGGGACCAAGAAUCCAGUGAUUGAGAGAUUGUCUGAUUUGCAAAAAAUAUCUCAAAUUUUGGUGUCUAAAUUUGGUGGUUGUGUUAAUGCAUAUGUUAUUGAGGCUCCUGUUUUUAACGGGCAUUUUGCCGUUUAUAAAGAUUUUAUUCCAUCUGUGAAUCGAUAUGGGGAGCCAAAAUCCUAUAAUCCAGUCGGAUUCCCAGCUUCCAACUCAACCGUCUCGGUCUUACUGAAUUGCCUGAAAGAGGCUAAGAAAGUGAUUCCGAGAAGACAGCAAGAAUCUUCGACAGAUAGCGUAUCAUUUAAUCAGCCGAAAACAUACAUCCUUGGAUUUAGCAAGGGUGGCACCGUGCUUAACCAGCUAGUUGCCGAGCUAGGCUCGUUAGAAGUAAAAUCUCAUAUGAAACCACAGCCAGCCAGUGGAGAAUCUUCGAAUGUUGAAGAAGAUAUUCAAAUCAUUCCGACUACUAAAGAAUGGCUUUUAAACAGCAUUUCGGAGAUCCAUUAUCUGGAUGUUGGUUUAAACUCUGCCGGUGCUUAUAUCACCAAUCACGAUGUGAUUGAGAGGAUAUCCAAACGUCUUAUGCAAGGCGCUCCCGGAAUUCGUUUUGUUCUCCAUGGAACUCCUAGGCAAUGGUGUGAUAGCAACCGAGUUCUGAUACGUAAUGAAAAGGACAAACUAGUUCAUCUGCUUGAAUCUGAAUCUCGCAGAAGUGGAGGGAAAUUGCAGGUGUGUGAGAAAUUUUAUUUUGGUGACAGGCCUCCUAGUCUGCAAAUGCACUUUGAAAUAAUUGAAGAUAUGGAUGUCCGUUGAAUAUUUCCAUAAUCUGCAUGUUCUAGGUGACGCCAUGACUGCCGCAAACUGU